AUGCGUGCAGAGCACCCUCCUCAGCGACUCUUUCUGGUCACCUAUCCGCGAACCGCAUCCAAUUUGCUUCUGAAGAUCCUCGCACUGGACGAACAACCUGACACGUUGACCAACAAAAGUGGCGGUUACUACUUUCGACCGGCGUUUUUGAAGACUGGGAUGACAGGAAAACCUCAUAGACCGACGGGGCAUCUGAGCCGAGACGAGGCCCACGACCUGCAACGUGUCUUCCAGGCAUGUUUUGAGAAGCUAGAGCAUGAUUCAAAUGCGGCGAUUGAUCAGGGCAAGCAGUACUUUGUCAAGGAACAUGCCCUCUGGCUCUCCAACCCGACCAAUAUCAGCGCCGCGCUCGGCGAACAGAACGCCCACCCGGAAUCGUCAUUUCGAGUUCAGCAGAACUUCUCUUCGACCUCAACUUGGUCUCCGAAGAAUCAAACCGUUCUGCCCGAUGAGGCGUUACGAAAGUGGUGCCUCGUCUUUCUAAUCCGGCAUCCAGCCCUGGCAUUUCCAUCUUACUAUCGAGCUGUUCUGGACCUUCGUGAUGAGGGAUAUUUGCACGAGUCGGAGGUCCAGCCACAUCUGCAAGCAAACAUGACACUUCAAUGGACCCGGUCACUCUACGAUUGGUCCUGCGAGCAGGGGUCUGCACCGCUGGUGCUGGAUGCAGAUGAUGUCAUCUCCGAUUAUGCAGUGGUGGUCAGACUUUGCGAGAUGACUGGGCUGAGGGCGUCUCGGCUGAGGCUUACUUGGAACUCUGUUUCUGAGGAAGAUGAGGGAGAAUGUUCAUUGGAAAUUGAUACGAAGAGGUCUCUGGGCGCUAUUAUGGAAAAGACGUUGUCGGGGUCGACGGGGGUGGUGGAAGGGAAAUGCAGCGUUGGGAUUGACAUUGCGAUCGAGUCUGAGAAGUGGAAGCGAGACUUUGGCCAGGAGGUCGGCGAGAGUUUGGAGAGAUCUGUCAGGACCGCGAUGCCAGAUUAUGAAUAUCUUAGGGCAAGGAGAAUAGUUAGCAAGACAAUCUAG